AUUGAGAUGUGGUACUUACGUGGUAGCGGGAUAAUAUAAAGAGAGCCCCUUCAUACCAUUUAGUCUCAUCUUUGUGCAUUGCCUACCUAAGUUUCUUUCUCAUCAAUUCUCAGAGUAUAGCCAUCGAUUGCUGCUGACUGUGUCUGAACUCAUCAAACAAACUCACACUCAUUCACCUCUCAAUAUACACAAACACUCUCUUUCUCUCUCUUCUUCUUCUUCUUCUUCUUCUUCUUCUCUCUGUUUCCAUAUAUAAUUUUCAACAUGGAAAAUAAAGGAGACCUUUUCCAACAAUGUCAUCAACUUCCCAUGACAUCAAGAUUCACAAGAGUCUGUGUUUUUUGUGGCAGCAGUCCUGGAAAGAAUCCAAACUAUCAACUUGCAGCUACUCAACUCGGCAAAGAACUGGUCGAAAGGAACAUUGACUUGGUUUAUGGUGGAGGAAGCAUUGGUUUGAUGGGUCUGGUUUCACAAGCUGUCUAUGAAGGUGGUCGCCACGUGUUGGGAGUAAUUCCCAAGACUCUGAUGCCAAGAGAGAUUACAGGAGAGACUGUGGGAGAAGUAAGAGCUGUCUCAGGCAUGCAUCAACGCAAAGCUGAAAUGGCUAAACAAGCCGAUGCCUUUAUUGCUCUGCCAGGUGGCUAUGGAACUUUGGAAGAGCUUUUGGAAGUUAUCACUUGGGCUCAGUUGGGAAUCCAUGAAAAGCCAGUUGGAUUGUUGAACGUAGAUGGGUACUACAACUCAUUGCUGUCGUUUAUAGACAAAGCUGUAGAUGAAGGUUUCAUUGCCCCAGCUGCCCGUCACAUUAUUGUGUCUGCCCAAACUGCCCAAGAUCUCAUGUGCAAACUUGAGGAUUAUGUUCCUAAGCAUUCUGGUGUGGCCCCUAAGCUAAGUUGGGAGAUGGAGCAGCAACUGGGAUACACAGCAAAGGUUGACAUUUCUCGUUGACUUGAUCCAGUUUGAUGAAAAACUAAUGAUCAAUCAUGACCGUAGAUAUUAUUAGUAAAAGCAAUAAAAAAAAAAAA